AUGGCGGCCUCCACCUCCACGGGCGCCGGGGGCUCGGGCCUCCUCGUCGCCGCGCGCCGCCGCUUCCCCGCCGCCUUCGCCGCCCUGGGGGGGCAGCGCAUCCGCCUGCUCCACUCCUUCUCCUCCCGGACCCGCCUCCCCAGGCGGCCCGAGCUCGCCUGCUGCUUCGGGACCGCCCCCGCCGAGGCCGUGCCCGCCGCCCCGCGCUCCAGGAAUGUUCUUUCGAUGGAGUACAGAAGGGCUUGUGAAGAACGGAUAGGGCAGGUGGUCGAGAAGAUGAAAAAGGAGGGAAUAGAUAUGAGCCAAAGGAGGGUUGGCGCUUUUCAACGGAGGAUUUGCCCAAAGUGCAAAGGGGGUUCAACUAAGGACCGAAGCCUCAGCGUCUUCAUCCGGGAAAAUGGUACACAUGGAAACUGGACUUGUUUUAGAGCGAGUUGUGGAUGGAAAGGCUAUACCCAGCCUGAUGGAGUUUCGAAGGCGUACCAAGCAAAUAAGGACGCAGGAAAUGAAAAUGGAAGUGACCAGGAAGUCAAAGCAAAUCAGCCAGUCAAGGUUGUCAGAAAACGUGAAGAGGACCUGAGUCUCGAGCCUCUUUGUGAUGAGCUCGUGACAUACUUCUCGGAAAGAAUGAUAUCGGCAAAAACACUUCGAAGGAACAAUGUAUCACAACGUAAAAGGAAUGACAAGAUUGUAAUUGCUUUCACCUAUAGACGUGAUGAAGUCCUUGUUGGCUGCAAAUACAGGGAGGUCUCUAAGAGAUUUUCACAGGAGGUGAACACUGAGAAAAUUUUGUAUGGUCUGGAUGAUAUAAAGCAAGCACGCGAUGUUAUCAUUGUUGAGGGUGAAAUUGAUAAACUUUCCAUGGAGGAGGCUGGCUAUCGUAAUUGUGUGAGUGUGCCACAUGGUGCACCAGCUAAAGUAUCAAAGAAACCCCCGGACAAAAAUCAUGCAUCUAGGAUAAUACUGGCAACGGAUGCUGAUCCUCCAGGGCAGGCUCUUGCUGAGGAACUUGCUCGACGUCUUGGUAAAGAAAGGUGUUGGAGGGUCAAAUGGCCAAAGAAGAAUGAGACAGAAUUUUACAAAGAUGCUAACGAGGUACUUGUGUCCUUAGGACCACAAGCAUUGAAAGAGGUUAUACAAGGUGCUGAACUGUUUAGGAUUUUAAAUCUUGAUAGUUAUUAUCUAAGACUUCGUGGGAAUGAGCUUGGAAUUCCUACUGCUUGGAAUGUGGAUGGGCUCUACAAGGUAUCUUCGUGA